AUGCAAGGUGAACUCUUCUCACCCGGCUACCCAUCCCAAAACUACCCCAACAACGCGAAUUGUUUGUGGGAAAUUACCGUACCCACCGGGUAUCAUGUACAACUCAACUUUGAUCGUGUUGACAUUCCUGUAUCGGCCGACUGCAAAAAGGAUGCUUUAACUAUUUAUCAGGAGCAUCAGAGUCGAGGCAAGGAUCCGAUGAGAAACUACUUUUUCUACUUUGAUCAUGAUGAACAAGUUGCGGUAAGUAUAGGUUUGAGGCAUGAUUAAGGAGUGUGGGAAGGGGGUAGAGUGAGUUUGGUCUGAAGGGGGCUUUUAGGGUUAAGGGUAGGGCUAUAGGUAGGGGUACGUAGCGGUAUGGGUAGGUGUAGUGGUAGGGGUAAGGGCAGUUGGGGAGGGGGGGGGGUAGAGUUAUGGGCCCGCAGGGUAGGGGGAGUAAUUUGAACCUACUAAGCCCAAGCCUUAUAGGCCAACGCCUAAUAAGCCUAAGCCUGCUGAGUUUAAGCCUACUAAGCUUAAGCCUACUAAGCUAUAUUUAUAGCUAUAUCCUCACCCAUACACAUAUUUACACCCCUACCCAUAUUCAUACCCAUGCCCAUACUAAAAAAUCGGUAUUUACUUUGUCAUUUUGACAUGACUUACAGUAAAGUAGCUUAGACUUACAUUUCUUACUUUACUUUGGCAUUUUGACAUGAUUUACUAUGUUGUUGUGACAUUCUUUUUUAAAUUUAAAAAUUUUAGUCAAUCUGUGGAAUCGAUGCAGUAGCCCCAAUUGAAACCGAAAGUCGUCGAGUUAGGCUUAAUUUCACUUCAAAUAAUGCCGUCACCGGACGUGGAUUCAGGCUAACAUGGGAAGCCAAAUGUGGUACUACGUUCGAGCUGAAUCAUGGUGAAGUAAUGUCACCAUUCUACCCGGAUUACUACCCCAAUGAAGAUAUGGAAUGUGUUUAUCACAUUAAUCCACCGACCAAGUACACACAGAUUGUUACCAUCAGACUGGAUGAUCUUGAACUUGAUGAUACGCUGUGUAAGGGUUGGGUUCGGUUUUGGGCUUAAAAUUGGUUUUGAAGGCUUAAUAUUAAGCAUGAAGCCUGGAUUAAGGCCUUGUCUAAUCCUUCGUUUUAAUUCUUGCCUAAGCCGUAGCUUGAGGCGUAAUCUAAGCUCUAGUUUAAACUUUAGCUUAUCCUCUAGACUAAGUUCUAGCUUUAUUUCUAGUGUAAGUCCUGGCUUAAAUCUUAGCUUAAGCUUUAGUCUAACUAGUAAGUCCUAGGCUAACUAUUUUGUAAGGCUAUAGGUUUAAGUUCAAGCUUAAGAUUUAGCUAAUGUUUUCAUUUAAUGGCUAGUCCAAGCUCUAGUAUAAGUCCUAGAAUAAGUUUUAGUCCAAGCCUUAACUUAAGUUCUAGUUUAAGUGCUGGCUUAAGUAGUAGCCUAAUCUUUUGCCUAAGUCCUAGCUCUAGCCUAACUAUUAGUCUAAGCUUUAACGCAAGCUCUAGCCUAACCACUAGCCUAAGCUUUAGUCUAAGCUCUAGCCUAAGCUCUGGCCUAAGCUUUAGCCUAAAUCUUAGCCUAAAUCCUAGCCUUAGAUUAAGUUUUAGCCUAAGCCUUAGCCUAAGUCCUAGUCUAAGUCCUAGUCUAAGUCCUAGUCUAAGUUCUAGUCUAAGUCCUAGUUUGAGUCCUGCUCUAAACCCCAGCCUACGCUUUAACCUAAGCUUUAGUCUAAGCUCUAGCCUUAGCCCUAGCUUAAUCCAUAGCCUAAGACCUAGCUUAAGCCCUGGGCUAAGCUCUGGCCUAAGCAAUAGCCUAAGUUCUAGCCUAUGCUUUAGCUUAAGAUUUAGCCUAAGCUCUGGGCUAAGCUCUCGCCCAAGCCUAGCUUGAGAUUUAGCCUUAGUUUUCUAAAAUCAAGUUUUUCUGAUGCUAAACCUCCUAUUCCAGCCGACGGUAAACGAAAGCCCUGUGGCAGUGACUACAUCCAAAUUAUCGAUGUAGCCGCGAAUCGCGUAGCCUUUACUGCUUGUGGUCAUAAAUCCGAAAACAAUGGAUUCAAUCCAAUUUCCAUCAAAGGCCCAGUAGCCGUUCGCUUCGUCAGCAAUGCCACCUUCUUCCACUCGAAACAGCGAAAAGCGCUUCGAGGCUUUCACCUAACUUACGCCUUAUCGGAUUGUGGUGGAGACAUUCAGCUGGACGAUGAAAUGUCACACAUGACUGGCACUAUCACAUCACCAGCCUUCCCAUUACCGUAUCAUCAUCAGUUGAAUUGUGUGUGGAAUGUCACUGCUCCGGAUGGAUAUAUCGUUGCGGCCAAGUAAGUGUUAGUAACAUCAUAUUUUAAAUUCUUUCUCAAAAAGUAAAAGGUCUUAAGUCUUGAUGCCUUGAAUUAUGAUUGUAUGGUAUGUAGCACGUUUGGUGGCUAAAGAACAGGUAAAGUGAGGCACUGGUUUAUUAGAUAUAGCUAAUUUUCUGAAACAAGUCAUGUGUAACAUGGUUACUAUCAGAUUUUUAAUUUUAUCUCAAAAACUUUUUGAACAAUCGUUGAGAUAUUUUUCAUACUUAAAAAGUACUAUUUAGCACUGCCAGUACCAACAUGUCAAGUUAUAUGAAUCAUUCGGAAAAACGUUACAACAAUUUUUUUUAAAACAAGGGUUGAUAGCUUAUGGAUAAUACCGGGAUUUUGUGUUUAUUUCAAAUUGUGUUUGCAAUAAUGUUUUGAGCUUUAUCAUUGUGAAAGCACUGUAUUUGUUACUGUUUAUUAUAUAAUUUCAUUAUAAUUUACUUACUAGAAAAAAAAGCUACUUCAAUUUUUUCAAAUCAGGGUCAAAGCUCUCAUGGAUAAUAUGUGAAGGCUUUUUUAUAACUCAAUUUUUUAAUAUUUUUUUUUUGAUUUUUGGUAAUAUAAAAGUACAGUAUUUCAUACUGUUUAUUCUUUAACAAUUUUAUUUUCAGAUUCCGUCAACUCGACCUAGAAGCCUCGGAAAUGUGCUACUUUGACUACGUCGAGCUAUGGGAUGGUAUCGAGCAAUCAAACGCCACAACAUGGGGCCGUUUAUGCGGCCAAUCCCCGCCAUUUGGCACAAAGAUGAGCAAAACCAGUAACAUGUUGAUCCAAUUUCAUUCGGACGAGACGACCAGUCGAGGCGGCUUUAGUCUAGUCCUAACAGCAACCGUCGGCCCCGAAAAGGGCUGUGGCGGAGAGAUCAAGGCUGAAAAUGAGUGGAAAACUAUUACCCCGCCCAUGGAAAAACAGGUGGAUGGGCAUGGAAAUGUGCUCGAUACCUACAUGAACAACCUGAGAUGUUGGUGGAAGUUGACGGCGGAUCAGGGCAAGGUGAUCGAGUUCAAGUUAAGCGAUGUUGACUUGGAACAGAGAAAGGUGAUGGGGAAUGGAAGCUGCUACGAUUUCUUGGCUGUAUGUUUGUUUAGAGGGGUGGGUGGGUUGAAAAAGUAAUGGCAGGACGGAUAUUUUUCAGUUUUUGAAAAAAAAAUUUGGGCGGGGUAAAAAAUAUUUUUUGAUCAGGGGUGGAUAUUUUGAAAAACUAUUUUUUCACUGUUUUGAAUGAUAUGGUAGGACAUGUUUUUACAUUUUUGAAAAGCGGGUCGAAUAAAUUUUGGGCGUGGUAAAAUUUUUUUAAAAAAUUAGGGGUGGAUAUUUUAAAAAACGAAGGUAUUUUACGAUUUUGCUGACAUGGCGGGGCUUAUUUUUGUAUUUUUUAAAGGGAUUAAAAAAUUUUUGUGCGGGGUAAAUGUUUUUUGAAAAGUGGGGGUAGAUUUUUUAAAAAGUAAAAAAUUUAAUUUUUUUGUUUUUAGAUAUACGACGGACCUCAAGGUGUAUCACCAUGGUUAAUGAAGCCAGCUUGUCAAUCCAGGGACUUUGAUGAGGAACAUUUACAUUACUAUUCAUCGUACAAGAAGGCUGAAGUUUACUUCGAAACCGACUCUUCCGACGCCUUUGCUGGGUUUACUCUGCAGUUUAGGGCUAUUGAGCGUGGGUUUUACACAUUUUAAAAAGUUUUCGAUUGGGGGCGGGGUAAUUUACUUGUGUUUUUUGUCUGGUUUUUGGGGGAGAGGGGGGGGGGCAGGUGGUUAAGCGGAGUAAUAGUUCGAUAUAUGGUAAUAACAUUCUGUCUAUUUUCAGCUGAUUGUGGAGGUGUAUUCACAGCCAGAACUGGAAUCGAAAGCCCAUUGGUAUACGACAGUCAACGAAGUAAGUUGUUUUUCAUACUGUAAAAAUUUAAGUACAGUAUGAAUUUUUUUUUCAGUUUUUCUUAUUGUGGGUACUUUUAUAUAUGAAAUAUACUUUUUGUUUUAGUACUACAGGGAAUGGUAGAGCAAGGAUGGGGCAGGCUUUAGCAAGGCUAGGGUAAGGCUUAGGCAAAGAUUAGCCAAGGCUGGUGCAAGGGUUGGGUAGAGAAUGGUGGGUCAAAAGGGUAGGGUAAAGUAGGGUAUGGUAAGGUAGGAUAGGGUAGGGUAAGGCAGGGUAGGUUAGGGUAGGGAGGGUAGGGUAGGCUUUAUUGUCUUUUAGUACUAAAUCUUGUAAUUUUUUUCAGCCCUAACCCGCACCCACCAACGCUACAAACGUUGCCGUUUCUUCAUUCGUGGUGACGAGAAUGAACCCAUCGAGCUAACGAUGAAUCGCUUCAGUUUCCCGGCCAAAAGCGACAAAUGUGAAGAAGAGUUCUUUGAGGUCAGUGACGUCGGCACGGUAGCCGAAUGUCAACAUCCAGCAUGUGCUACGGAUCAGAAGGAGGCUACGAAUAUUUAUCGUACUUGUGGUAGCAACAUCUUCUGGAGAUUUGUUUCAAAGACUUCUUUGGUACAGGUAUGUGUUUUUUGUUUUGGAAAGAAAGUUCUUGCCAUUUGUGUUUUGUAAAGAAAGUUUUUGCUAUUUUUUCAUUUGUAAAGAAAGUUCUUGCUAUUACUUGUUCUGUAAAGAAAGUUUUUGCCGUUUUUCGUCCUGUAAAGAAAGUUCUUUACAUUUUUCUUUUUAGAUAGUAACAUCAGUGGUGCUACAAAGCCAGUACGUCAGUCAAUUCAACUUGACAUACACAUUGCUUGACUGUAAGUUUUGAGUUUAUUUUAGGCUUAAAAAUUAUUUUUAAUUUUAGAUUUUCAUUUUUAAGCCUAAAUUUAUUGAUCUUUUCAGCUUGUAACCGCACAAUAACCGUUGACGAACCAAACAGUCGUUUCGCCUCCGGUCGAGUCCACAGCCCCAACUUCCCCUACCAAUACGACGCCAACUCAUCAUGUGUCACCACAAUCGAAGUCCCAGAAGAAUAUCGUAUCUUGAUCGUAUUUAAGACAUUCCUAAUCGAACGUGGUCAAUAUGCGUUGAGGAGGACGCCAUUCUGGAGACGAUACCACAACCGGGUACCUAUACCUCGUCCUGGUAGUCUUGGUGCGGUUGAUGGUUUGGGAUCGUUUGGUCGGAGGAGGGCUGUUAGGGAUACUGGUGGUGUAGGUAUUGGUAUGAGGCAGGUGGAGGUUGGUUUUGAAGGUGAUGGUGGUCAGAAGAGUCUUUAUGGUGAAGAUGUUGGUCAGAAGUUGGUUUACGAUGAAGAUACUGAGAAUCUUCAAUACAACAAGCAGAAGGAAUUGUACAAGGCUCAGAAGGCAUCGUACGAUGAAGCUCUUGAUCAUAAUCUUAAGUACGAUAAACAGAAGGUCUCACAUAAGGUUCAUAAGGCAUCGUACGGCUAUCAGAAGCCUCUGUACGAUGAGAAUCUACGUUAUAAUGAUCAGAAUCUCGAGACUAGUAAUCAGAAGCCAUCAUACGAUCAAGAAUUGCCCCACAAUGAUCAGAAUUCACCGUACGAUCAUCAGAAUCCACCCUACAACCUUCAGUAUCUUCCACACGAUGAAUCACAUCUAGAACCUCCUAAGCCCGUCUCUCUUCAUUACCGCCGCUACCGUCGCUACACUCCCCUCGCCGUUCCGAUCUGGAACGACAAUUGCAAGUACGAUGCGCUUCGGGUACACUACAAUAUGACUACAAACACUACGAAGCUCUUGUGCGGCUUCACAGCACCAUCACCGAUAUUAUCGGCCCAAAACCGGUUGAUUCUGAAUUUUACGACCGAUGCGAAUUCAAAUCACGGUGGAUACGACGCGUACUACUAUCUGAUCAAAACGUACCAUCAAGAGUACCAAACACUGUUGGAGUAUGCACCAAUCUAUGAAAAGAGUGGGGUGAUUAAGAACGUUGGGUACCCUGGAUAUGAUGUUAACACGACUUAUCGGUGGGUUACGGUAUUUUUUGAGGGGGGGGGGUGGGGUUUUAUGCUUUGAAAGGGUUUAGAUUAGGCUUGUUUACUGCUUUUGAGCCUAAAAAAGCGUCCUUUAUACCUCAAACAACUUUUUUUAGAGCUGUAAUUAUCCCGCCACGUGGAAUGACAUGUUACCUGGACAUCAAACGGUACCUGAACAAAGUCAUGAAGGAAUGUAAUGAUGGAGACGUGCUCAAAGUGGGCAUGGUCACGAACGAUGGGGAACAAUGGACCAACAUUGAGUGUUCGGUAAGGUUAUCUGCGUUAGACUACAGUUGCUCUGGCCUUAGCUUUUCCUUAGCUUUGCCUUGCCUUGGCCUUGCCUUGGCCUUGCCUUGGCCUUGCCUUGGCCUUGCCUUGGCCUUGCCUUGGCCUUGCCUUGGCCUUGCCUUGGCCUUGCCUUGGCCUUGCCUUGGCCUUGCCUUGGCCUUGCCUUGGCCUUGCCUUGGCCUUGCCUUGGCCUUGCCUUGGCCUUGCCUUGGCCUUGCCUUGGCCUUGCCUUGGCCUUGCCUUGGCCUUGCCUUGGCCUUGCCUUGGCCUUGCCUUGGCCUUGCCUUGCCUUGGCCUUGCCUUGGCUUUGCUUUGCCUUGCCUUGCCUUGGCCUUGCCUUGGCUUUGCCUUGCCUUGGCUUUGCCCUAGCUAAAAAAAUCAAACUUUUCAGGACGAAGAAGCCACGAAACGAAUAUCGACCGGUCCAGCCCAAACCGAAGUUCAAAGCUUUAAAAUCGAAUUUAAUACGGAUUCAGACAAGACCAGCGAUGGGCGCGGUUUCGAUGCCAAUUGGGAUUGUAGCAAUACUGUCACCGAUGUGCUUAUUACCAACGAUUGGGACACUAAAAUAGUCUGA